AGUCGAUAAGAGGGAUGAAGUCAAAGGUUUCUGUGUUUCGGCUUCGGGUAUACGGCUGUAGAACAUAUGUAGUUGUAGAUGCGUGCUUUUUACUAGUGGAAACCAGAUAGAUGCUAGUUGUAGUUACAGGCUACUCUGUAGUCAGUUUUUGAAGAACACGACCAAACAAUACUGUUAUUUCGCGAACUAUGGCUCGAGCUAGAAUAUCCUAUCGCACAACAAAGACAGGUAUCUGAACACCUGAUCUUGAGGCUUUUUUUCACACACUUCGACUUACAUACGUGCAUUUUUUUAAAUCGAAUUCUGACGACAAAUUUUAUUUGUAUAAUCUAUCGUGCGUGGUGUAAUUUAAUUACUCGAUAAUCGAUUCGGUAACUAAACGAUGAAGUGCAAAGUUCCGGUUUCCUGACAAAUUAUCAUUAACAUGAGAUAGGUUUAGUAAACGCUGCCAUAUCCUCGACAUUUCAUCAUGAAUUCGUGGCUCGUAAAUCACACCCUGUUGAUCAUCCUGUUCGUCGUCGGUUCUGCAGUCUCGCAAUCGAAUCGCACUUGCAUGGGUCCUUUUCACAACUCACUAGGAUACACAACCCCCGCCGGCAACAUACUUCUACCACUUGGCUCGCCUUUGGAAAUAUAUUGCACGCUGCACACGAACCACAACGACACCAAGAACCAUACAGCCGAUGAUCUGAUAUUCAAAAAAGGCGACGAAACGAUCGACAAAAAAUACGUCACCGUGGUAAACGAAACAACAGCUCGACUCUACAUGGAGAACGUGCCUCUCACCGAGGAUAUAAAGUAUUAUUACUGUUACUUGGUUUUACACGACUAUACCGCAGUUGCAUCUCGAGUUCAUGCGACGGAUCAUAUAAAAAAGCAUCCUUUGAUGGUCUGCGUGAAUUACGUAGAAAUUGGCGUAAGUCCUCGAAGCGUUGAUAAUUUCACAUGCGUGAGUCGUCAUUUGGAGAUUUUAAAUUGUACUUGGGAUGAGCCGAAUAACGGUAUUUAUACCAAAUACCAAGCGUACUAUUCGUCGAACGGCGGAAGAGAUGACGACGAAGCUAGUAAAACUUGGUACAGGUGCCCGAAAUCUAAAAAGGGUAUUUGUACUUGGACCAAGAAGACGGAUCCUCCUUACUUGAGCGAUGCUAAGUAUAUCAAUGUUCGUAUCGACGGAUCCAAUAAGUUCGGAAACAGCACUCAGACUAUGGAAUUCGAUUCGUAUUUGAAUAUGAUACCUAAUCGGCCCAGUAAGCCGGUUGCUAUGAGUUCAACAUCGCGUAGUGUCCAUCUUCAGUGGAAUAUUGGCAGUUUGAAGAACUUCGAUAAAUGUCUGAUUUACAAAGUGAACUACACUUGGUAUUUACCCAAGUAUUGGCGCGACGAAGUGGAUUUCGAGAGCUUCGAGAAUCCUCAUAUUCGUGAUUUCACUCUGGGCUGGGAUGUCAGAUUGUAUAAUUCGACCGAAGUUGAACGGGACGACGACGAGAUCCAAGUCAACGUGACCAAUUUGCCUUAUCCCAACCUUGGAUAUCAGUUCAAGAUCGAAAUGAAGUCAGCACUCGCAGGCCACGAAAGUUGGUCCAAACCAGCAUUUGUAAACGUAAAAACUGAUCCGUGUCCACCUUACAGGUCACCUGAAACCGACGUAGGCAGCUUUAGUGUUUUCAACCAGUUCGAGGAUCGUCGUGACGUCUUCGUGUACUGGAAAUCGAUCCCCGAAGAAGAGUAUAACGGGAAUGAAUUCCGAUACGAGAUCGUCGCGUUCGAGAAUAACGUCAAAUCGAAUAUUUUACCAGAUUCUGUGUCUCCUUCGUACGCCAAGUACACCAAUCUUACUCUGAAUAGCUACAAGUUUGUCAUCACUUCGGUAAAUUCUAUCGGAUCAGCUGCGUAUUCGACAUCGGUUCGUUUGCCUAAACAGAAAUACAUCUUACCAGAGUUAUCUUCGUUUAGCAAAAUGGAAAACGACGAUGGCACAUACCAGCUUUCGUGGAAACCGCCGAAAUUCCAGGUCAAUGUUAAAAUCACCAAUAUCACGAUAUACUGGUGUGAAAAUAAUCAACUGUAUCCGGCUUUCUGCCGAAAUUUUCUCCAAUGGACUCAUUUACCAGCCGAUGCAGUCGAUCAUAGCGUCAAGUUGAAGCCAAAUACUCAGUAUCAGUUCGCCUUGAGCGUGAAUUCGGUCUAUUCGACUAGUGGCAUGUCUUGGGCUCAGUGUACCAUCUAUCGUAACGAAUCUACUUCGAUGAGUAACGUCUGGAUCGACGAAUUAGGUUCGAAUUUCAUCGACAUCAGAUGGGCUCUAGAAUGCUCCGAACGUAAUCCGGAUAUCAAAUCGUAUCACAUCACGUAUUGUCCGGUCAAUCAAACAGAUCUGAAAACAUGCACCGAAGCUUACAAAACGUUCAAGAUUUACGGCGAUGUCAAUACCCAACACGCCAAAGUGACUGGUCUACAGCCCCUCACCGGUUAUAAAUUCACGGUAGCCAGUUACACGAAACAAAUCGGUCGUUCGAGUAAAGAGAUGUACAGUCGAACUCUUCAAGCAGCUCCGGAUAUGUCUGAUGUUGUAGUGAAAAUAUUCAAUAUCACCAAUACAUCUGCAAUCGCCGAAUGGAACCAACCAGCCAAACUCAAUGGAAUUCUAGACCAUUACGAAUUCUCUUACGAUAAUAACAUCGUGAUCGUUAACGAUACCAAAGCCAUAUUAACCGGAUUAAGCAGCUUCCAACAGUACGGAGCAACUGUAACUGCUUGUACGAGUCGUACGUUAUGCUCUCGAAGUAACCCAGUAAAUUUUCAAACAUCUGUAGGCAAUCCUGGAGAAGUAACGAAAUUCCACCACGAGAAGGAUGUCAACGGUCGUAAAAAAUUGAUAUGGGAACCUCCCGAGGAUUGUGGUGGUCCGAAUCCAACCUACGAAGUCAGAAUAGCCCUCGAGACGAAUAAUACACGUUCUACGUUCGGCGAGUUUGAAACCAAAGGCACCGAAACUUUUGCCGAAGCUCCUUGCGAACAAGAUUAUUAUUCUCAUGCUACGUUCGUGUUCUACGUUCGAGCUAAAAAUAUCGUCGAUAUUAAUCCGAAUAAUAUCAAGUAUUUCUUCGGACCGUGGACCGAAGCGUAUACGAUUAAUUGCACCACUCAAAUAACGCCCAAGAUUAUCAUAGCUUCGUUGGGUUUACUGUUGAUUUUAUCGUUGGGCGUGAUUUUGGGUAGAAAAGCGGUGCGAAAGUAUCGCAAAAUGAAGAAUGUCCAGGUCACUUUACCUCCUUCGUUUUUGUCACUGAUUCAAAACGAAACGAAGAACUCGUCUGAGAGUCAGAGAUCGGCGAUGGAUGAUGAUCGAAUAAGUCUUUAUAAUGUUUAUUUGAAUCCUUGCUACGGUAAAGAUGCCAAAAUUAUUGAUACGACGUGUAAUAUGAGUUGAUUCGAGUGAUUAUCUAAGUUUACCUAACUACGAAUAGUAAAAUUGUGAUUUUUGAAUAGGUCCAGCUGCAGUAGAUGCUUCUUUUUAAUUUAUUUUUUCUUUAUAGCACUUUUGUUUUUCCAUGACAUUUUUUUUGUAAGAAUACGUUGGUGGCAUCAACUAAGUAUUUGUUUCAUUAUUUUACUUAAAUUAUUGUCCAAAAAAUGAUGAGACAAAAUAUGGGCCUAUUAGGUAAACUCAAUUCUAGUCAAAGAAGACUGAACUAAAAUAUAAACUUAUUUAAAAAUUAAAAUCACGAGUAGACAAAACAUCUCACUAUUCAACAGAUGACCUUUUUUAUUCUCAACAUAUACCUACCCCAUUUUUUGAAUGUUGAUCGAUUUUCUACGACACGACUCUUGUUUUUUUUUUCAACGAAUUUUAUUGAUCAGUUUUCGAAAUAUGAAUUAUGGGUACCUAUUUGUAUUGAAAAUCGUGUACAUUCGGACUUCUUGCUAGUAAUUUAUUUAUUGUUUAAUUUAUUUUACGUAUUGAUAUAAAUAUUGAGAAACUUCGUUCGAAGUUUCAUUUCCUAUAAUUUUCACACGCCUUUCUGUGAUUUUUUUUGAAGAUGAAAUCCGAGUAUCUUCUUGACUGCAGGAAAACAAACUGUGAUCCAAUAUUUUGUCAUAUUUUUGCCAUAAAGCUAUUUUAUGUCGAUUUUUUGUUUUUAAACAAUAAUUACCGUACUUACCUCUUCUACAUUUGGGUAAAUAGGUACAAUAUUUUUAUGAGUAUUGUGUAAAUAUUUUAUAUUAUUUUUUGUACUUAAUUGCGUAUUUUUUCUCUUGAAUUUGUUUGUUUUGUUUUUUUUGUUUUUUCUUUGUUUUUUUUUCAUUUUUUAAAUUACGUACUUACUCAGUAUUCGUUGACUGUCUAUACCUAAUGUAGAUUACGUGUCCACAUAUAAAUAUAUAUUUUUUGAAUUCCACAAUCAAUAGUUACGGUGUUAUGUUUAAAAUUGUACUUGUAGAAAUGUAGCAGUUACUUAAACCGAUGUGUAUGUUAUGAAAUUUCAAUGAGUGUCGAGAAAUUAUGCCAUAUUUUUUAAUCUUGCAGAAAUUUACUCGAUUUAACAUUGAAAUUCGAUCCUAAUCGAUCAAUUAAAAAAAAAAGGAGAGAUGAAUUGUAGGGAUUAUUAUUAUUUUUUUAUUUGAGAGGAAAAGAAAAGUAUGAAAGUAAAACUGACUUGAAAAAACGAUUCGAGAAGUUAUGGUCAUACGUAGCUCAAUAGAAAUGGAUCCUUAAAAUUCCAGCUCGAGUAAUAUCGAAAGUAACUAGAUCUCAAAAUGCUCCAGAAAUUGUGCCAAAAGGUAUAGCCAUGUUUUUUUUUUUAAAUUUCUCGACAUUCCUGUGUGACUUGUAUAUUUUAAGGAUGUGUUGAAAUUCUAAGUUGAAUACUGUUUCAAGUGUUUUGUACACAUAAGUCAUUUUAAACUUAAGAUUAUUUACCUAAGCAUUGAAUUGAAUGAGAAGUGACCUUUUUGUAUUUUUUGAAUAUGAUGCAGGAUGUUCGGUAAUGUAGCUGUCAAUAUUUCAGGAUUGUUCAUUAAAAAACGCAAGAAAAAAUUGUCGUUCAUAAAAACGUUGCCUAUUACGUGAAAAUUAAGGGGCUAAAUUUUGUUUCUGAAAAGCAAACGUCAGAAUCCAUGUUUGAUCAAGAGGUGGAGAGACGGGGGCAGUACAUUAAAGAAUAAAAAUGGAUCUAAAUUGACUUUUCAAAAACGAGAUUUGCCUUUUCAAUCAUUUUAAAACGAAGCAACACCUUCGCAUGAAAUUUUUUUCGCAUUAGAAGUAUUGGCAUUUUAUUUCCGGACACCCUGUAUAUAUACUUAAUAGGUUUAAAAUGUUUUGUUUGCGUUGUAUACCUAUGUAAAUGGAACACCUAGGUACAUUUAUCAAGGUGCUUGAUUUUAUAGUAUGUAAAGUCUUCCUAUUGUAGUGAAGAGGUUCUUCAAAACCCUUCAUUUUCAUUUGAAAAUUUUCUCUGUGUUUGAAUUUGUUUUUAUUACCUAUAAGAGUAAAUUGUGUGUGUUUUAUUGCAUCAAUAAAAAAACUUUUCAUUUUGCAA